ACACCCGCAGACGCUAUGGCGAGCCCCUGCGUGGAGCUGAGCAACAAGAUGAAGAUGCCUACCCUGGGGCUGGGCACUUGGCAGGCUUCUCCAGGAAAGGUGGAAGAGGUGGUGAAGUUUGCUAUUGAUGCAGGUUACCGCCUCUUCGACUGUGCUUAUUUCUACCAGAAUGAAAAUGAAAUAGGGAAUGCAGUCCAGCAGAAGAUCAAGGAGGGGGCUGUGAAACGGGAAGACCUCUUCAUUGUCACUAAGUUGUGGAACACGUUUCACGAGAGGUCCUUGGUUAAGGUAGCAUGCAAGAAGAGCCUCGCUGCACUGCAACUGGACUACCUUGACCUCUACCUGAUGCACUUCCCUAUGGGAUUCAAGGCUGGUGAAGAACUGCAUCCUGUGGAUGACAAGGGUAUGAGUGUCCCCAGUGAUACAGAUUUUCUGGACACAUGGGAGGCCAUGGAAGAGCUGGUGGAUGCUGGUCUGGUAAAAGCCAUUGGUAUCUCCAACUUUAACCACGAGCAGAUUGAAAGACUCUUGAACAAGCCGGGACUGAAAUACAAGCCGGUAAAUAACCAGAUUGAAUGUCAUCCAUACCUAACCCAGGAAAAGUUGAUCAAGUACUGUAAAUCCAAAGGGAUUGCUGUGACUGCGUACAGCCCCCUUGGCUCUCCUAACCGCCCAUGGGCCAAGCCAGGGGAACCUGUGCUGCUGGAUGAUCCCAGAAUUAAAGAGAUUGCAGUUAGACAUCAUAAAACCCCUGCCCAGGUUCUGAUCCGGUUCCUUAUCCAAAGAGAUGUGAUUGUCAUUCCCAAGUCUGACAAACCACAGCGUGUUGAGGAAAACAUCAAGGUGUUUGACUUUGAACUGUCUGAAAAGGAGAUGGAUGUCAUCCUCAGCUUUAACAGGAACUGGAGGGCAGUUCCCGUGCUCCAAGCUGUCAAUCACAAGGACUACCCAUUCAAAGCAGAAUAUUAAUGCCAGCGGUGAGACUUCUGUGUAACUCCUUCCAGAUUAGAAGAUAUACUCCGUAGCUUGGUCUUGAUUUCUUCUUCUGUACUUGACAAUCAUUAUGAGCAGUUACUUGUCCUCCUUUUUUAGGAGGAGACCACUAGCUGGUAUAAGAAUGCAUCAAUAGGGAUGGAUCUCUUGUAAAGAUGGUUAGCACAAAUCUGGUUUUGAUUAAUAGUAAAAAGACAAUGUCUCUUCAUUUCCUUUUUUCCUUGUCUUCCUUAAUUAAAGACAUGUUUAACAAAAAAACUCUGGUUACUUACACAAUUUUUUUAUAUGUAAUUUCCAGUGUGGUCAGUCAUACUGGCUCAUGAGUUGCUGUCAAGGAAUGCUCUCUUUAAUUACUUUGCUUUUUACAUAGUUGUGAUUUUUAUAGUGUGAAUCUCUAAUGCUUUAAAAUUUUAUAUUAAUAAAGUUUGAGUAACAACAA